AUGCUUAAGAAACCGCCUGGAUGGAACCCGCCGCUACCGCUACCGACUUCACCUCAACUGUACUGUAACUCUACUUACUUCACUGACGUCGCGUCUUUAUCUCCUCCACUCCAGGCAACUUUCAACAAACCUUUCUACUCAACCAUCGACAUCUCUCCUGCCUUCAACUCAUCUCCGAGCGAUCCCGCGACAAUGGCCGAUUCUACCAACGCCCCCAAGCCAAGCAGUAGCGUCAAGCUGGUGCUUCUUGGUGAAGCUGCUGUCGGAAAGUCAUCUCUCGUAUUGCGCUUCGUUAACAAUGACUUCCAAGAAAACAAGGAGCCCACUAUUGGUGCUGCCUUCUUGACUCAGAAAUGCAAUCUCCCAACAAGGACCAUCAAAUUUGAGAUCUGGGAUACUGCUGGUCAAGAACGUUUUGCCUCGCUGGCUCCUAUGUAUUAUCGAAACGCCCAGGCCGCCCUCGUCGUCUACGAUCUCACCAAACCCACAUCCCUCAUCAAAGCCAAGCACUGGGUUGCUGAGCUGCAACGACAAGCUUCUCCCGGUAUCGUUAUCGCACUGGUAGGUAACAAGCUGGAUCUUACAGGCGACUCAUCCAGUGCCGCAGGUGCGGAUGGAGAGGAGGGCGACGACUCUGGCGAUGCCCGCAAAGUUCCCACGGAAGAGGCUCAGGCAUAUGCGGAGGAGGAGAGCUUACUGUUCUUCGAGACCAGUGCCAAGAGUGGACAUAAUGUUACCGAGGUAUUCACUGCCAUCGCAAACGCUAUACCCGAGACGUCGUUGAAGAGCGCGAGGGGAGCUGGUGCAUCAAAUGCUGCCAGCCGGGGAAGCGAGGAGCAAAGAGUGAAUCUUGGAGGCCCCAAGGACGCCGGCGCCAAGGAUAGUUGCGCUUGCUAG